GUCGGAUCUGCUCUGCCUCGGAUGGUUUUGUAUAGGGACACUUUACGGGAUUCAGCCAGCCUCUCCACUUCUUCAAGAAAUCUGGUCACACUUCCAGUGCCAUCAAAGGAAAUGUUCCAUUUGUGCACCGGGAUAGUUGGUAUUGUUGACCGGGACUCCGGUUCCGAUCUGGCAGGCGCUGCGACAACUGGUCGGUCAGGACCCAUCCAAGGUGCAGGUGUUCCAGUAUGUGAGACAUCCAUUGCUACAGGAGGAUCGACACCAUCUUCCAAGUCGAUAAGCGAUAACUCCCGGAUCCUGGAAAUCCGUUCCGGUUGGAUCGGUGACACACCAGGUGAACUGGGCACCUCCACAUCUAAGAGGGACCUCUGAUGUCGGUUAGAUGUCUGCAGCUGUUCAGGAUUGCUCUUUUUACGUAACUC